GCAAGGAAAUCAAGAAGCUCUCAUGGCUAUGGCUACUUCAUCUUGUUGCUAUCCUGAUAUAUUUGAAUGGGUUCAAAAUCUUCCACCAAUCUCUCAAUGGAAAGCCAAUUCCAUGUCAAUAUGCAUAUGUUCCACAGCUUCACUUCAGCCAUCUCUCAAUCUUUCUGUAGCCAAAAACCUUCAAUCCCCAGCUGUUUCCUUCUCUAUAACUGCAGACUAUAAUGUCUCCAUAUCUCUUUGGACUUCGAAACCAUUCAAAAUCAGCUCGAAAUCUUCUAGUUUAUUAGACGAAAAUACAAUUGCCAAUCUUUUGAUCAACUUCAUAGAAGAAGUUCUUAAAUAUGCCCCAAACAAGUUAUGUAACUCCUUGCUCAAGCUUCCAAAACUAGACUCCAUCUCCAACUUUAAAGACAUUUUCAAUUUCGCCUUCAUCACUCUUUCGCUUCUCGUAUGCAUCUAUGAAGCUCCUGCCGAUCUCCGCUCAGGAUGUUUAAUUUCUCUCAAGAAUCAACUGACGGGUUGCCAAUCAAGAGCAGCAUCCAGGCAGCUCAUGAAGCACUUGGGAUCUAACUUGGAAGAGCAGUGGAUGAGGUCUAUAAACCUUGCGAUUACUAAUUGGAUUAUGGAGCUUCAAGCUGCCAACCGCACUCUUAAAACACCAUCCCCACUUUUUUCUUAUGGAUUAUCCCAAUUUGGGUUGUGGAAAGUUCAUCUCUAUUGUCCUGUCAUCGCCAUGGACAUCGAAAGCUCCAGCAGCCCUUUAACCGAUGAGCGACUUCUCUUCUCCCUGAACUACCACCAACUUGAAGGUGUCAUUCAGUUUAACUACAAAGUCACCAUUCAAGACAGAUGGGUGAACUUGAUGAUCAACACAGACAACAUAAGGUGUGAUAUUAUUCAACUGGUUAAUAACAAUCUGAUGAACGAAAGAGGAAUUGGAGUUGAUGAAAAGCAUUUCCCUUCAAGGAUAUCAUUACAGAUAACUCCAACUCUUCAAACCAGCAUAAUCAGUGUUUCAGUCAGCAAAUCUUCAGAUAAUCCCGCAAGGGAGAUUGAGUUAGAGAAAACCAUUGAAGGUUCAUUUGAUCCACCCAACUCUUUCUUGGGGCUCAAGGUAUCUGCAGGAGAGACCACGACAAUGAGUUUGAAGCCAUGGAAAUUUGAACAAUCUGUGCAUGGCUAUAGUGCAAUUCUCAACUGGUUUCUUCAUGACAGCAUUGAUGGAAAAGAGGUAAUCUCCUCCAAGCCAUCGAAAUUCGCUUUACUCAACCCCAAGGCCUGGUUCAAAGACAGGUACACCAGCGCUUACCGGCCGUUCACCAGGCAAGGCGGCGUAGUCUUUGCCGGAGAUGAAUAUGGAGAAAGAGUGUCAUGGAAGAUUGACAAAAAUGCUAUAGGAAGAACAAUGGAGUGGGAGAUUAGAGGGUGGAUUUGGUUAACUUAUUUGCCUAACAAGCAUAGAACAUUUUAUAACGAGACUAGGAGGCUGGAAUUCAGGGAAAUUCUGCCCCUUAAAAUUGCUUAGCUUAUCAAAUCUAGCCAUACUGUAUAUUUUCAGAAACUAUGUUGUGUGGAAGCAAAGCAGCAUAUUACUACUUUGACACGCGUCAAUACUGUAUAUAAGAAUCAUAUCCGAUUA